AUGGCCGAGAUUGUAGAGCUCUCGACCGGAGCCAUGGAAAUAGAAGAAGCCGUUGAUGAAUUAGACCGAUGCGCGGUGGAGGAGGUUGAGCUAACCGUUCCAAAAACCGACGAUCCAACGUUACCGGUUCUCACUUGUAGAAUGUGGGUUCUAGGUCUUGGUGCGUGUAUUAUACUAUCGUUCGUGAACCAGUUUUUCUGGUACAGACAGAUGCCGUUGACCAUUACCGCAAUCUCAGCUCAGAUCGCGGUCGUGCCGCUCGGUCAUCUCAUGGCUCGAGUGCUUCCAAAUAAGAAGUACUUGGAGGGAUCAAAGUGGGAGUUCAACAUGAAUCCUGGUCCGUUUAAUGUCAAGGAACAUGUUAUGAUCACAAUUUUCGCUAAUUCGGGAGCAGGAACGGUUUAUGCGACUCAUAUACUUAGUGCUAUUAAGCUUUAUUAUAAGAGAUCGCUUCCCUUUCUACCGGCUUUUCUCAUUAUGAUCACCACUCAGUUUCUCGGGUUUGGGUGGGCUGGUCUAUUCCGUAAACACCUUGUUGAGCCAGGUGAAAUGUGGUGGCCAAGCAAUCUAGUUCAAGUGUCUUUAUUCAGUGCAUUGCACGAGAAGGAAAAGAAGAAAAAAGGAGGCAUGACCCGAAUCCAAUUCUUCAUCAUAGUCCUUGUUACUAGCUUCGCAUACUACAUUUUCCCUGGCUAUCUAUUCACAAUGAUAACUUCCAUCUCAUGGGUCUGUUGGCUUAGCCCAAAAUCGGUUUUAGCAAACCAACUCGGUUCAGGUGAACAAGGUCUUGGUAUAGGCGCAAUUGGUAUUGAUUGGGCUACGAUUGGCUCUUACCUCGGCAGCCCACUUGCUAGCCCGAUCUUCGCUACCGUCAAUGUAACCAUUGGUUUUGUGAUAAUAAUGUAUGUCGCCACGCCGAUUUGUUAUUGGCUUAAUCUUUACCAUGCCAAAACUUAUCCUAUAUUCUCAAGUGGGCUUUUCAUGGGUAAUGGCUCGUCUUAUGAUGUUUUGAGUAUCAUUGAUAAGAAGUUCCAUCUCGACCGAGACAUCUAUGCAAAGGCUGGUCCAAUCCAUAUGAGCACUUUCUUUGCGGUAACAUAUGGUCUUGGGUUUGCCACUUUGUCCGCAACCAUUGUCCAUGUUUUACUCUUCAACGGAAGCGAUCUAUGGAAGCAAACAAGAGGAGCAUUCAAGAGGAACAAGAAAAUGGAUAUACACACUAGGAUCAUGAAGAAAAACUACAGAGAAGUUCCCAUGUGGUGGUUUUUGGUGAUCCUCGUACUCAACAUUUCGCUCAUCGUGUUCAUCUCUGUGUACUACAAUGCAACCGUACAGCUACCUUGGUGGGGAGUGUUGCUAGCUUGCGCCAUUGCCGUCUUCUUCACUCCUCUUAUUGGUGUUAUUCUCGCCACCACUAAUCAGGCACCGGGGCUGAACGUCAUCACAGAAUAUGUAAUCGGAUACAUCUAUCCAGAACGUCCGGUCGCGAACAUGUGCUUCAAAGUGUAUGGAUACAUCAGCAUGUCUCAGGCUUUAACAUUCAUCCAAGACUUCAAACUCGGCCUCUACAUGAAGAUCCCUCCUAGAAGCAUGUACAUGGCACAGGUGCUUGGGACGCUUGUGGCUGUGCUAGUAUACACAGGAACUGCUUGGUGGUUAAUGGUAGACAUUCCUCAUUUAUGUGACAAAUCUAUGCUUCCUCACGACAGUCAAUGGACAUGCCCGAUGGAUCGUGUCUUCUUCGAUGCAUCUGUGAUAUGGGGACUUGUCGGACCACGUAGAAUGUUUGGUGACUUGGGAGAAUACUCAGCCAUAAACUGGUUCUUCCUCGUAGGCGCAAUCACUCCUUUCUUGGUCUGGCUAGCGACCAAAGCAUUUCCAGCUCAGAAAUGGAUCGCACAGAUACAUUUUCCGGUUAUUUUAGGAGCAACCUCGAUGAUGCCACCAGCGAUGGCGGUUAAUUUCACGAGUUGGUGCAUCGUGGGAUUUAUUUUCGGAUACUUUGUGUUUAAGUACAAGAGAGAGUGGUGGACAAAGUACAACUACGUUUUGUCGGGAGGUUUGGACGCGGGAACUGCGUUUAUGACAAUACUGAUUUUCUUAGCGCUAGGACGCAAUGGAAUUGGACUGGCGUGGUGGGGGAACGCUGAUGAUAGCACAAACUGUAGCCUCGCAUCUUGUCCUACUGCUAAAGGAGUAAUAACGCAGGGCUGUCCUGUUUUCUGA